CAAGCGCGUCUGUCGUCGGUCAGAUUACAGGCGUGUGUAAAUCCUGGUAAAAUUACCAGGAUUUACUCUUGUAGUUAUAUUUAAUGCAUACAAUCUGCGAUGUACUCUUUUCUGUCCCCCGCCUAGACUAAAGAGUUUGUCUCAUUUGGCUUCCUCAAAAAUAACCCCCACGCCACUGUUCACCAUAAGAAAUCACCAUAGCGGACAUGAGCCUCAGAGAAGGCACCACCCUCCUUUGUUCUGUUUGAUGGAAAUGUUCUCCGGAGGACUUCUCCUGAUUUUAGUGAUGACGUCGUCUGCUGCCCAGGAAGUCAAGCAGAACCUGAUCUCCACUGUGGGAGGAGAGGUCACCAUACCUGUGCCUGUCAAGAGUCGUGGAUUUCUUUUGAAAAAAGGACGUGUUAUCGCUAGAGUGAAAGAUAGUGUGUUGGAGAUAGAAAAUUAUGAUUUCCUGAACCGAACUUCCUGGGACCGAGCCACUGGCCUGUUCACUCUAAGAAGACUGCAGAGCAAGGAUUCAGGGGAUUAUUCUGUUGAUCUUAUCGUGACUUUUGUAUCAUUCAAGCUGAGUGUUUAUGACGCCGUCCUGGAGCCCGGUGUCACCGUAACGUCUGUGAGCAGCGAGCGCUGCACCCUGCUGUGUGCUGUGGACCAACUGAGUGGAGGGACUCUCUCCUGGUAUCAAGGAGAGGUCCUGGUGAACCAGAGCAGCACCCAGCGCUCUCUCCCUCUGACCGUGGACAGGCUGGGUCUCCGGUCCUCCUACCGCUGUGUGUCUGCCAACCCUGCUGGUAACCUCACCCGGUCGGUCGACGCUAAGACGUCCUGCACAGUACAGCAGCGCACUGGUGAUGAAGAUGAAGAGGAGUCUAACAGGCUGGUCCGGAUUGUGAUUCCGAUCGUCUGUGGUGUUGCAUUCAUCCUAUUCGUAUCUGUCAUCAUAUUCUUUGUUGACAGACAUCUCCAAGCUUCAAUCCAACAGAAGGGUGGCGUUACACAGCAGGAGGAGUUUGAACACGGCAGCUGCAACACGUACGUCAGAUACAACCAGAUACAAGGCAAAGAGAACUUAAAGGAAUAAACGUUCUUGGAUCAAACCAUCGUAGCCGCCUCUCCUGGUGUGAGUAAAACAUUUGUUACCAAAAAUAUUUGGCAGGAUGACUCUGUUUGCAAUUAGUGUGCACCCCCCGGCACGAAUAUAACAACAGCACAAAUUUAGCAAUAUAGCACUUCAGUCUUUUGGACCCAAGUGAUCAAUGUGCUUCAGCCCAUAUGGACCCAUCUAAUGAAUCACCCUACAAUUAUAGUGAUCUCCCUGCAAGUUCAGUGAAUCACCCUACCAGUAGAGUAGGGUAAAUUUGAACAUUGGCUUCCUGUAGGAAGACCUUCCUGAGACCAAUCUAUUAUUUAUCCCCAGAGUAUACAAAAAACAUGGGAAAGCAGGAUUUAGUUAUGCAACAAAUAGCUGGAAUAAACUCCCUGAGGAUUUAAGACUUGCCCCAACUCUGACAACUUUUAAAACAAUACCGAAGACUUUAAUGUUUGCUUUAGCUUUCUGCUAAUCUUAAAUACAUUGCACUUUAAAAAAAAAAAU